UAGAUAUGGAGGACUCACAAGACUCGGAAGAGGACAUGGGGAAUAUGGAGUGUGAACAGAUCAGACGAGACAAAGCAAUAUCUUCAGACCCCACCUGCACGCCUCCACAAACUAACCAGUCAAAUAAUCAACCAAAACAGUUUAAAGACAGAGUUCCACAUAAAAGAAAGAAUAAAAGCAAUAUUAAAAGUUCCUCAGCGUGUGCUGCUCUCAGUGGAUUCAAUGAAAGUUUGAUGCAAAGAGCUGAGAACAUCCUAGAACAUCUAAAUAAACAGAUCAAGAAAUGUCAGGAUUGUAUGACAAGCCCAGAUAAUCUAAGUGUUGUUAUUUGGCUUCCUGCUUUGAAAGAUAAAUUAGUGGAUUUUUCAGAGCUUCUUCAGAAAUACAAAUCAGAUUAUCAGAGAGGUAUCACAGAGAUUGCUGAAGAUUCUGAAGUUAAAGAAGAGGAAGGAGAGAAGAAACUUCGACAUCUACUAGAGAGACAUGACCGAUCACCAUUCAGUGCAGAUAACAUAAACCAGUGGCUGGAGAAUAAAGAAACUGAACUGAAGAUUUUAAAUGAUUGUAAAGCUGCAGACAUCACUGUUGUGAAAUCUCAGUCAGAGUUACAUCAGAUCAUAAAUGACCCACAGAUAAACCGAGUGAUGUGUUUCACUCUUACCUCACCAGAUGAUGAAGAUUCAUUCCUCACUGCUCUGAAGCACCAUAUUGAAUCUGAUCACAUUACACCAACAGAUUCACUUCAGUCCAAACCUGUUAAAAUCAAUCAGAAAGUGCUCAUUGAUUUACGAUUGUAUAUUGCUGCUAAAGAGGCAAAUGAAGAUACAGAACAAACCAGAUUCAUUGCUGCAUCUGUACCAGAUGAUGAAUUUCCUAAAUUCACUGUGCAGUUUUAUUAUGCUGGGAUGAUUGUGAGCAGAAACAUGAAGUUUGGAGUGAAUCCAGAUCUUGCUCAGAUAACUCAAAUAAAACACAACAGUGUGUCUGUGAAGUGGAGUCAUUUACAGAAAAAUAAAAGCAUUGAGAAGUAUGUGGUGGAGUACAGAGUUGAUGAUGAAGGACACAACACUUGGAAACAGAUGACUGUUAAUGCUCACACUUUUAUAGAAAAGUUUGUUUUAUCUGAUUUAGAACCAGACACAGGAUAUCAGCUCAGAUAUGCAGUUUGUGACAACAACAGUAUGAGCAACUCUAGCUGGAUUAUUCACUUUCAAACAUCUUCUGUAACGAGGCCAGGACGACCCUCUGUUACUCAACUGAGCAGAGAUACUCUCAGACUGACCUGGUUAAAAGCUGAAGCAGAUGAAGAUUGUCCAGUUCUGCAGUAUAUGGUUGAGUAUAGAGAAGCAGGACUGGAGGGCUGGUCAUCAGUAUAUACACAAGGAUCUGAGUGUGAAUGUACUUUAACUGUACCUCACAGCACCUGCUACAGAGUCAGAGUAUCUGCUGUCUAUGAGAACAUCACCAGCAAACCUAGUGAGGAAACAUCUGUACCUGUGGAUGUCUGGACUAUUGACCUCUUAAUGAGAAAGAGCUCCAUCCUCCUAGAAGUGUUGAAACUCCAAACAGAGAAGAAACCAGUAGAGCUGAUUGACUGGACAGAUAAUGAGAGUGAAGUGAGAGGAUUCAUCCAGUGUCUGCCAUACAUCUCACAACUGAGGUAAGACUUUAGUAGGACUUUAAGUAUUUUAGGCAUGUAUAGAUCCAACUCAUGAACCGCACACAGUCCACCAUGCCUCACUAGUGAAGCCAUAUUGAUAAUAUAAAUUGUGUGCCACUGGACUGAUGUGUUUGUAAUGCACUUCUGAAAUCACCACUGGUUUGACACGCUAACAUCCUGUUUAGACAGCUCAUGCCCUCUCUGGCAGGUCAUUUAGUGUAUCCUGGAGAGGUGACUUCUCUGAACCUCAAUGUCUCCAUACUGGGGUACCUCAAGGCUCAGUGCUUGGACCACUGCUGUUUUCUAUAUACAUGAUAUCCUUGGGUUCUGUAAUUCAGAAAAAUGGCUUUUCCUACCGCUGCUAGGCAGAUGUCACACAACUCCAUUUGUCAUUCCAGUUUGACGAUCCAAAGGUUUCUGCCUGCAUCUCAGCAUGCCUGAGUGACAUCUCCAGCUGAACCUUGCAAAGACGCGCUUGCACGAAAAUCACUUGCACAGUGUGAUAUAUUUAACGCAGUUGUGUACUUUUCCC